UCGCAGUGCGCGACCUAAUCAAUCGCUGCGACGCUGCACCGUCGCGCCGGUCAAACGGCCGUUGGUGUGUCGAGCAAUCAUUUCCGUUCUUCCGCCGCUGUAACGGUUAGAGAGACCGGCGAGAGAGCACUGAUAACGUCGCUAUUUAUUCCGCACGCGCGCCAUGCGCGCACCGGGUCUACCGCUCUCGGCUCGCACGUUUAACCUCUUCAGCGUGCAGCCUCGGGCGCACCGUAGGAGCGCGAACUUAUUGAUCGGUCGGUCGACAGUGCGCCAGCGCAAGUCGACCGGACGAAGAGGGACAUUCACGUACGAGUCGCCCUCGGCCGUAGUGUUUAACCGUCGUCUGGUUGCUGUUAUGCCCGUCACACCGAAGCGUCCUUAGAUGCUGCCGUCAUGUCUGGUGUAAGACAGGGAUUAUAUCGGAUUCGCAACGCUGCCGGAGCAAGUGCACAGAAAAUCAGUGAAGAGGGGCUUCGAGUUCACCCUGAUGGUGCUGGGUGAAACCGGUCUCGGCAAGUCGACGCUCAUUAACAGCCUCUUUCUCGGAGAUCUAUAUAAAGACCGGCGAAUUCCGGAUGUGGCAGAGCGCGUGGCUAAGACUACCUCUAUCGAGAAGAAAACAAUGGACAUAGAGGAGCGCGGCGUGCGGCUCCGUUUGACGAUCGUAGACACGCCAGGAUUCGGCGAUGCGGUAAACUGCGAGGACACGUGGAAAGCUUGUUCGGCAUACAUCGACGAACAAUUUCGCCAGUAUUUUACAGACGAAAGUGGAUUAAACAGAAAAAAUAUUCAAGAUAAUAGAGUACACUGCUGCCUAUACUUUAUACCACCGUAUGGCCACGGCCUCCGGCAAAUCGACCUCGAGGUAUUAAGGCGUUUACAUCGGAAAGUGAACGUGGUUCCCGUAAUAGCGAAAGCAGAUACUUUAACCACUCACGAAGUGAAGAAACUGAAAGAACGCAUUUUAGCGGAUAUUGAGGAACACGAAAUUCAGAUAUAUCAAUUCCCGGAUUGCGACAGCGACGAGGACGAGGAAUUUAAGCAACAGGAUAAAGAAUUGAAGGCGUGUAUACCUUUCGCGGUUGUCGGGAGUUCGACAGUGCUCGAAGUUGCUGGGAGAAAAGUUCGCGGCCGGCAAUAUCCAUGGGGCGUAGUGGAAGUUGAGAACCCGAAGCACAGUGACUUUGUCAAACUAAGGACGAUGCUAAUAUCGACGCAUAUGCAAGAUCUAAAGGACGUCACGCAGGACGUUCAUUAUGAAAAUUUUCGGGCCCAAUGUAUUUCUCAAAUUUCACAACAAGCGAUCCGGGAACGGAGGUAUUUACGCAUUAAAUUAAAACGAGAUUCCGGGCCGCACUUCGAAAACAGUAUAUCCGACACGGACAGGUUACUCCUGCAGAAGGACGAAGAGAUACGAAGAAUGCAGGAUAUCCUAGCGCAAAUGCAAGAGAAACUUAAAGCCACCGGUCAGGUCGGUGGUGGUGUUGGAUUGAGAGGUCGAGUUGGUAGCCUAGGCAACGAUUUGGACUCAGCGGACGUGGAGAAAAAACGGAACAGUAUUAUAGACGUUUAAAGUAGAUUAUCCUCGGGGUAUAUUCAAAACACAGGGUUUACCCGAGAGGUCUGUACAUAUUUCAUUUGAUUUUCAGUUAGCUAAAUUUCUUGAGUACUUGAGUAUACGAGAAAAUUCACAAAAUCACUUCAAGUCUUAACUUGAUAUUUAUUAUCUUUUUUGAAUUCUAGUCUUAAACUAUUCGUUCCGACCGUAUUAAUAAAAAUUUACAAUCAAAACUGAAAUUAUACAUUUGUAUCUUUUCUUCUAUAAUAAAAAGUAUCGAAUAUUUGUAUAUUUAUAUUAAAUUUAUAUUUAUUACACACGUUAGGCUCUCUUUCUCUCUUAUAUUCUUGUUGCUACAUUUCAUCUCGCGCUCGAGAGGAGACGCAAGCUAAAGCUGCCAAAGAUUGACAAACGCUUACUCGCCAAACAUUUGCUCGAUUCUAGUUUGUACAGAUCUGUCGACUACACUCUGCACUAUAUAUCAGUGAUAUGCAAAAUCGUAUUUUGUACUUAGCGUGUAUGAAUUAUUUAUACAAAGCAUAGACAUUCAUAACCGUAACUCGAAAACUGUUUAGAGAGAAAUACAUGGGGAAAAUUUGUAUCCGUUUACACCGAGUAUUUCUUAUAAGAAGACUGUGUGACAAAUUGAGGAGAAAAAUCGUCUUUUUUUAAGUGCAAUGACAUGCAUUAGCAUGAUUAUAACAAAGCUAAAUAGCAAGAUGAGAUAUCGAAAAUCUGUUCCUCUUAACUGUGUUGCAUUAUGUACUUAAUAUAGCUAUGAAUUUCAUACUU